AUAUUGCAGAAAAUUCUGUUUUCAAUUGACAGUCAAUACAAAAGUUGUGUUCAAUUAAUACAGUUAUCAACGAAACAAUUCUUCCGAUUCUAUUGUCACCAUUGGAUCCAAUACUUGAACACUUUGUCAAACGAUUGAACACUUGUUUGCGGACACAAAAUGGCCGCACAAUUGAAGAAAGACAUCGAAGAGAUUGACCACAAUUUGUCUGAAUUGUUGUCAUUGGAACUGUUGGCCAAACGACAACACGUGAAGACAUUGCUGUCAAAAGAGAGCAAACGAUUGACACAAGAAAAGAGCGAACUAUUGGCCAAACGUAAAGAAUUGGUGGCUUCGGAGUCGUUGGCCAUCGCUUCUAACGAUAGUUCGUCUCCUUCUGUGGCCACUAAUGAGUCUUCGGCCAGAAGUGAGUCAGCAUUGGGUUCAGUGGUAGUGACUAACUAUAUGUGGGACCAAACCGACGAUUUCGUCAAAAUCUAUAUCGAAAUCGACAAAAACUAUUCGUUAGAUUCGACACAAAUUGUGAUGAAU